UAUCCGGAUGAAUAAUUUAGAUAUCUAAUAGUUAAUUCAUUUUCAAAGUGUUUCACAUUUCUUAUUUUCAUGUUAUUACAUCCGAUAAACAAGGUUCUGUAAGAUGCGAUUUAAAUCCAUGAAAUGCAUAAUAUUUGUUUUAUUUUGUUUCUUGUUGUUUCACAUGAUUUGUGAAUUGCAUUUUAUCGGAAAAUCUACCAAAAUUGGCCAUGAAAAUGUAUACAGACAGCAUGAUGACUGGUACGAGACCAACUCUACGAUGUGUGAUCUUCCACUUUGCAUGGAUCCUUAUGAUCCAAUGAUUAAAGGUUUCAUCAAGAAGUUGAACACAACGAUAACGUGUGAAAAACCAGAGAAUGCAAGUUUUAACUCGCUUUACAAUCUUUACCAAGGACAAUCCUUAUCUUAUAUGAAUGAUUUUGAUCCAAUUGUACGCAUGAUGCGGAUUCCGGGAAAAGCAUUCAAUUGUAUGUAUGAGCCAUUUGAUCGUGAAGGUAUUGAUGAUAACAGAAUUCAAUAUUUGGAAAAAAGACCGAUAAUUGGUUAUGAAUUAGAUUUGGAAAAAAUUGGAGUAGAGUUUGUUAGUAUCGAAUGCUAUCUCUCAGGUGCAUUAGUUUAUAGUAACAUCCAUUCGUGGCCAAGUCGAGUUCCUUCCCAUGCAGAUGCUACAUCUUCCAAUAACAAAGAUCAUUUGACUAUUAAUGAUUAUCCAACACCAGAUGUAAAUAAGCAAUCAGUAAUGAUUCUUGUCCUAGAAUCAAUGUCUCUCCUCAAUUUUAAUCGAUUCAUGGUUAAAACGAAAGAAGCAUUAUCAAAGUUGUCUAAUAAUUUCAUUCUUAGAGGAUUAAACAAAAUGGCUGAUAAUUCUUUUCCGAACAUGAUGCCACUUUUAUCAGGUAAAUUUGUUUUCUUUUUGCUUCUAACCUUUAUAUCCCAUUCGUUUCAAAUGCAUUUUUACAUUGUUAAAUUCGUAAAUGUAUAAGAAAGCCUUUUUUGUCAGCAACCUGUUUGACCAGGGGAUAAACUAAUUUCUAAAGAAAUAAAACAAAUGCCAUAAA